AUGGCGCUGCUGAAGACGCUCGCUUGCUAUGUGAGAGAUUCCGCGAGUGCGCCAUCCACGUCCACUACCGAAAUUGCCGAAGCGGACGAUUACGAUAUCGUCGAAUAUGCAAACAGUGUCCCAUACACCAGCAGCGGCCAGCGGAGCGGCAACAAGCCACUCCCACUGCCAUCGGUCACUCAACAAACCAGUACCCUCAGCCGCGACCCAUCUUCAGAGGCAUCCUAUGAGCAGAUCUCGCACUCCGAAGCGACCUCACCCUAUGACGAUGACUUUGAUAUCGAAGGCCACGAAGCCAACCAAGGCGUCGGCAUCGUGAAGGCCAUGGAUCGAGCGAAAUCUGGAGAUAGCGAUGAUGAGAGGUGA